UACUCGCCUCUUUCUCUCUGCGCUUUAAAACAUCAGAAAAUGGCGUCCUAUUUCAUAUCUAGUGCUCGCUUUUGCACUUCCAAAUACCCAAUCGCUGUGCAUCUAUCAAAGCCCCUCCUUCUCCCUUCAAAACCCUCAAAAUUUCCAUUCUCUUCCAACAGAUUUAUCUCUUUCCAAAACAUCCCUACCAAAUCCCCACCUCCGCUUCUUUCAUCUUCCUCAACCUCCACCCCCCUCCAACCAAUGGAAGAACUCCCUCCUAAGCUCCAAGAUAUCAUCAAGCUUUUCCAGUCGGUUGAAGAACCCAAGGCCAAGUACGAGCAGCUCAUGUUUUAUGGCAAAAACUUGAAACCCCUCGAUGCCCAGUUCAAAACUAAGGACAACAAAGUUGAGGGCUGUGUUUCUCAGGUUUGGGUCAGGGCUUACCUUGAUGAAGAUAAGAAUGUUUUCUAUCAAGCAGAUUCUGAUUCUGUUUUAACCAAAGGACUAGCUGCCUUGCUGGUUAAUGGAUUGUCUGGAAGGCCUGUCCCGGAAGUUUUGAAGAUUUCUCCUGAUUUUGCUGUGCGUCUUGGGCUGCAACAGAGCUUGACACCUUCAAGGAACAAUGGGUUUCUGAACAUGUUGAAGUUGAUGCAAAGGAAAGCACUUGAGUUGCUUAUUGAAGCUAAGAAGGGUAGUGGGUCUUCGGGUAAUGGUCAGAUUGUGAAUGAUAACAGUGAAAAACCUGUUGAGAGUUCAAGUUUAGAUUCAAAAGCUGAUGAGAAUUCUGGUGUUGGAUCGAGUUCUUUAAAAGGUAGUGAAGAAAGUUCAGGUGGUUUGGGAAGUAGAGGAAUGAGGAUCAAAGAGAAGCUGGAAAGGGAGCUUAGUCCUAUUGAAUUGAAAGUGGAGGAUGUUUCUUAUCAGCAUGCUGGACAUGCUGGUGUGAGGGGCAGUGAUGGGGAAACACAUUUUAAUCUGAAAAUUGUGUCCAAGGAAUUUGAAGGGAAGAGUUUGGUUAAAAGGCAUAGAUUAGUUUAUGGUUUGUUGGAUCAGGAAUUGCAGAGUGGAUUGCACGCCUUGUCUAUCGUGGCAAAGACACCCUCUGAAGUUGAAGCAAAAUGAAGAGAUGUUCAUGAAUAGUGAAAAACAUGGUCUUUUUUAAUACAUUUUAAUAUGCUUUACUUUGUAGGUUCUCCAAAAGUGCUUAACUGAGAAAUGAGAUUUUUUGUACGUUGGAUUUUUUUUUUUUUUGGUAAAUAACUGCCUGUGUGGCUGUUCUGUUUGGAUAACUUUUCAAAUUAUUCUUAGUUUCCUUGUUUUCUCAUAUACAAGUUCAGGGAUUUGGUUUGAAAUAAAUGCGCAGCUCUGAGGUGUGUGGACUUCAAGGCCUAAUCCUACAUGAGGGACUGUUACUAAGGUGGAAAUGAUAAGUUUGAAAAGCCGCUUAACUGAGAAGCUGAAUUUUUGACCAUCCAUGAAUCAGUUUCGCGUUAGCUGGUUGUUUAAAUAACUGCUUGUGGGCUGUUUUGUUUGAAUAACUUGUAAAAUUAUUCAUUACUGAGGCUUUCAAUCAUGUUCUUAGUUCCCCUGGUUUUUCAAUAGAAGUUCAAGGAUUUGGCUUGAAGUAAAAGUGCAGCUGUGAGUUGUGUGGACUUCAAGGCCUAAUCCUUAAUGAGGGAUUGUCACUAACAUUGAUAUGAUAAGUAAUAGAUCUCUUUGUUGAUUAUUUCCCUCUAUUUAGCUCAUUGUACAUUCAUAGCAUGUUAACAAUAAAAGAUCGUGGUUUCGUUCUGUUAAUAUGUCAAAGGGAACAUGGUUGUUCAUUCUAUGUCUAUGAUUAAAAUUAAUUGGUAAUGCUGUUCAAAGAUAAUUAAGUUGAAGCAAAAUGAAGAGUUAUCAUGGCUAGUUAAAACUAUGGUUUUUUAAAUGCAUUUGAUAUGCCUUACUUUGUAGGUUUACAAAAUGUGCUUAAUGAGAAAUCAGAUAUACCUAUGUGGCUGUUCUGUUUCGAUAAUUUUUCAAACUGUUCAUUAAUGGGGCUUUCAGUCAUGUUCUUAGUUUCCUUGGCUUUUCAUAUAAAAGUUCUGGAAUUUGAUUUGAAGUAAAUGUGCAGCAGCCGUGAGUUGUAGACUUCAAGGCUUAAUCCUACAUUGGAGACUAUCACUAACAUGGAUAUGAUAUGAUAAGUAAUACAUCUCUUUGUUGAUUUUUUCCCACUAUUUAGCCCUUUGUAAAUUAAUAGCAUUUUAACAAUGAAAGAUGAUGGUAUUCUGUGUUAUUAACAUGUAAAAGGGUAUCAAAACAUGGUUGUUCAUUAUGUUUUAUCAUUGAAUUUAAUUGUUAAGGCUGUUCAUUUAUAUUGGUAUCAGGUACAAUCUUAUGUAUUGAGAAUAGGCAUGUGAGCUGAACAUUUGACAAUAGUUCCCAUUUCUUUCUUUUGGGGGCCAGUACAUAGAUUAGGGGGUUCUCGGUUGUAGUGAGAGUCAAAUAAGGGGAAUUAAAACAUUAAGAAUUUCAUAUAAGAGGAUGGUGUGUUGAAAAUUGAUGCAAGAUUUUAAUGGCAUAUUAGAUGCAUAAGAUGUAGUUGGAUAUCUCAAUAUCCCAAUGGAUUACCACCUAGUUGGUUUUUGUGUCAUGGGUGGCGCAUGGGAGCCCGCAACCAUGACGAAUUUGUACGAUCCAUCGCAUUUGAGGGAGGUCAUUUGGCCCAAUUGGACUGUCCAUUGCUUGGAGAGAUUGAAAGUCCAUCUUCGGAGCUUGGUAAAUAUGGAAAGUGAUCUUUAAAGAUGUGCUUGGCAAAUAUGGAAUGUGAUCUUCAAAGAUAUGUGAUCUUAGACAUUAAAUGUAAUUUUUAGAAGAUACGAUUCUGUAAUAUUAGAGAUUUGAUAUCUAGAUAGCUUUUAAUCUUAGCUAUUGAUGUAUUUCGAUCUGUACCGUUGAUUUUGGGAAGGUUCAGCUAUAAGUAGAGGCAUCUCCCCCUCAUUGUAAUUCAUUCAGUUAUUAAUAGAAUUUUGAAAGUAUUCACUCAAA